AUGUCCAUCUUGAACACUUUAGACAGCUAUGUGAGGUCAUUAGCACAGCCAAUCCAUCCAUACUUUCCCAUCGCCCCCCUCGACAUCUUCGGAGCGAUGCGUCUGUCUUCCGUCGUGGACUGGUAUGCCAGAGGAGUAUUCGAUGCCACUCCCAAUGAUGGUGAAAAGACCAAUCAAAGUUUCAAAAGAGAACAAAAGUCGAGAGCAAGUCUCUUACAAGAGCUGACAGGGAUCAUGGUGAUUGUAUUUGGCGGUGAGACUUUUCUAGGUCUCUGUACCGGUACCCCACCUUCUUGGCUUCUUUCACCCAAAAUCCCUCUUCUCUUUAGCUUGAUACACAUCUUACAAACACGUACACCUCUCCGACGACUCCUGCCCCCGACACCUUCUCUCACUUGGGAAUUACCUAUCGCCAUACCUGACGCUAUGAGUCGUACCCUUCUCCUCACGCGAUUUUCCAUCGUUCCCCUUUUACAUUCUCACCCUCUACCUGCCACACCAACUACCUUACUGCUCGUACCGUUCAUACUCGCCGUACCCUUCGCAGCGAUUGUAUUCACCGGUCUAAACUUUUUCUCUCCAACUCCCACUUGGACCGCCCCUGUCGAAUUACGACCGAAAGGAUGGAUGAUCAUGGAUAUGUGGGGUGCGAUUCUCAUUCCUACUGUCUUCCUAUUUCUUAUUGGACCUGUACAAGGGUGGAAUUAUGGACUAGGAAUGAGAGAAGACGAAGGGACGAUCGUUUGCAUGAUGUUACUAGCUACGCUGGGUAUCGCUCGCGCUUUGGUCAACCUCGGGCCCUCGAAGGAAGCCUGGAGAAGUAUGUUGGGUUCAUCAUACACUCGUACCAAGACCGAAAUCUUAAAGUCUAAGAAAGAAUUGUAG